AUGGGUGGGUCGGGUGCACCAUCAGGGAUGCAUGGUGGUGACUCGUUGAUUUGCAAUCGACUGCCGUGUCCGGAUUCAGAGUCCUUGGAUUUGAUGCUGCGAGCCAUGGCACGGGAUGGCAGGGACUUGUUUGACCUGCUGCGAUUGGUGCGGCUCACACAUGCGGCAAUGGAUAGGGCACAUGCUGACGCGGAAAGGGCACAUGCUGACGCGGACAAGACACAUCUUGACAUGGCAGAAGGAAGCCCUUCUCCUGCUGCGAUUACUUCUGGUGCAGGUAGCAGCAAGCAACCCCCUCCGCGUACCCACACCCUCAGCGCAUCCGCCUAUAGCAGUCUCAUACGCGCAUGCGUGAAUGGGGGUCAAGUGAAGGAGGCACGGAGGCUGCUGAGGGACAUGGAGAGGAGGGGAGUGCCGCCCACACAGGCAGCAGUCAACAUGAUUGCUCACAUGCACUUUGUGCAUGCAGACCCUGAUGCCGCCCUCUCGCUCCUGCACCACGUGCGGGCGGCGCACAAGCUGCCGAUGAACGCCGUCCUGCUGACGACGUAUGUGUGGGGGCUGGGGCAGGCUGGGCGGGUGGAGGAGGCGGAGGAGCUGCUGCUGGGGGCGGUGGGGGGUGGUGGGGGGAUGGGGGGAAGGAAUGGGGGGAAUGGGGGGAAUGGGGGAAAUGAGGGGGAUAGGUUGGAUGGGGAGGGGGUGCGUUAUGCAGCAGUGCAGCCGAAUGUGCGGACAUGGAAUGCUCUGAUGCAUGGGUAUGCCAUAAAGGGCGAUGCUGACGCUGCUGAAGGCGUGCUGGGACUCAUGCGCGGGGAAGGAGGAGCUAUGGGCGGUGGAGAGCGGUUUGAGGGAGGAGGAGGAGGAGGAGGAGGAGAGAAUGGGGUGGGGGAGGAUGGUGGGGGAACAGGGGGUUGUGAGGAGGAGGACGAGGAGGGAGGGGAGGGUGAUGGGCUUGAGGAGGGGGUUUCGGAUGGGGAUGAAGAGUACGAGGAGGGAGAGAAGGUGAUGGAAGUGGGGCAUGCAGAGAAAGCAGGUGAUUUCAACAUGCGGCAAGAACAUGAUUCGUACCAUCAGCAGCAGCAGCAAGCGGAGAUCUCUACCAAGCGCAAACCUCGCUUCCCGUGGCCCAGUGUGCGACCCAACACAGUGACCUACACGACUCUCAUGGCAGCAUACGCAGCGGCUGGGAGGAGUGCAGAGGUGUGGGACGUGUACCGGGAGAUGCGAUCCCUCUCCAUCCCUCCCAACCACUUCACCUUCGCUACUCUCGUCUCCUCCUGCGCCGCUCGCAGCCGGCCGGAUCUCAUCGAGUCGGUGCUCGCUGACGUGGCGGCGUGUCAGCAGCGCGCUGACGUGGCACUGGUGACGAGCGUGCUGGCGGGUGUAGCGGGGUGCUGCAGCGGGAGGAAGGAGGAGGCGGGGAGGGUGCUGAGGUUGCUUCUGGGGGAGGUGGAGAGUGAGGGGGGCGUGGGGGAGGCAUGUGCUCGCCUGAUCCUGCAAGAUGGCCUGUGUGAUGCUCAGGUGCAUAGUCUCGUCCACCUCCUCUUCUCCCAACCGUCACCAUCGCUUCCCUCGUCUUCCUCCUCCCUUCCUCCUCCCACACAUCUCUCCGUUUCUCACUCUCGCCCUCAUGCCACGCGCGCUCAUGAGGUGCUAGCUUCCACUCUCACAGACUGCCUCUGGACGUUUGGCCGGCACCGGAGGGCAGCGCUUGUCCUUUCUGCCGCCCUGCAGGCUGGGUUGAUGCAGGGGUUGGGGGAGGGCUCAGGAGAUGCACAGAGGAACAGGGAGAGGGGCAACGCUAGACAAGGUGGAGGUGCUGCGACUGAGCUGGUCCAAUUAGGCGGCGACACGUGGCAGCUGGACGUGCGGCGACUGUCGUACGGAGGAGCAGCGGUGGCACUGAACCAGUGGCUGGUAAAGCUGCUGCACGUGGUGCAUUGUAAUGACACUGCACGGCGGCAGGUGGGCGCUGCUGCUGCUGUUACCAGCGACAGCCCGGAUGAGAGGAGUAGGAGCGAGGCACGUCACCAAAGAGAUGCUGGCGCCGGCAGCAGCAUGGCAGCGGGUGCUGGUGAGAGUAACCGGGGGAGGGGGGGGAGCGAGGAGGAAGGGGGCACCGGGAGUGGUGGUGGCACCUCACCAAGUGGUCGUGGUCACAGGGCAAGGCGGGCACAACAGCAGGUGGAGGGGAAAGAGGGGCGAGCAGGGGGAGGGGCGGGUGCGACAGGCGGUGGUGCAGGAGGUGGAGCGCAUGGGGUUGCCCUUGGGGGUGGGGGGGCGGGGGCAGCAGCAUGUGGGGAGGCUGACGGCGUUUGGGCCGGACCUGGUGGCGUGGCUGAGAGGGCCGCAUGCUGCUGCCAUGCUGCAACUCGUGGACCAUGA